CCCAACUCUACUAGUGGUGUUUCACCAACGAUAGCUCGGUAUUCGCCAGAAUAGAUACUAUAUUUUUGAGACUCUUUAUGGCUCUUCUGGAUCCAUGGUCAACCUUCCAUCCGCCCUUCACGCAAUGCUGACAUUGCACGCAAGACAUGGCCAAAAAUCAGAUCAAAUCACUUCAAGUUAACCACCUCUUUCUGGCUGGUGGAUGCACUCUGCCAGAUGUGAUCUUAAAGGAUUUCAUCUUCGCUUUCUCUUGGAGUCUUAGCGCAGAGGUCCCCAGAUUUGUGAGAACUCUAGGGUUCGUUCCGCAGUCGACAGGCUCUAGAUUUUUCCUAUUGUCGAGAAAAGCUACGAAGAACAUGGUCUCGAACUUCCUAACCCACAGACCUCUUCUUGACUUUUCAUCGAUGUUAAAUUCUCAUAGAAAAUGGAGGAAUGGGAGGGGCUUGAAGAUAGGGAAAUGCGAGGACUGUCGGGCUGUCCGUGCAUCCUGCAUACCCCUUGCCAGUCACACCGACUCGACUGAAAAACUCGACCCUUUGACCUUUUUGUUGCAAUUGACGCGGUUGAUUCGUCAUGCGCGCUUGGCUGUUAUCAAAUUUCGCUUGGAGCUGUGAGUCAAGGUCUGGGAAGGUCAUCACUUGACAGGCGUCGGCGUCUGAAAAUGGGAUAGUUAGCUGAUUUCGUAAUCUGAGUCUGAUGGGGCGCCCUUCUUUAUCAUCCGAGAGAUAAGCAGCGAGCAGCAGCAGCAGCAGCAGCAGCAGCAGCAGCGCAAGGCGGCUGGAAGAGGAUUUGUGCCUUUUUGACUCAGUGGCAUGUUUUGUCCCUCCAGGAGCCCUUCCGGUUAGUCCUUAGGAAGU